UCCCUACUGCUGAAUAUUCGCAAGAAAGGGAUUUCCAUAUGAUGGAGGAAAGAAUGGAUUGUAACCCUGAUUCGCUAGAUAGGGCGACGGAUGACUUUACUUCUCUUCAACAAAUCAUUUCUAACAGAAAGCGACGGAAGUGACCCUGAAGAUUAUUUUAAGAAUGACUCUGACGAGGAGAUUUGGAAUACGCUAGAUGGAUUAUCAACAUUUAAUAACGACAACGAUUGGAGUGAGAACGAUUAUAUGGGAGACUCGGACGAGGAAUUCUGGGAUGCUAUGGAUGAGCCAUCUAACGAUGAUGAAGAUUGUCUGUUAGCUGAGAGGCACACAGGAAGAGGAAUGGAGAUUUGGAGGGCUGAAGACUGCUACAUGCUUAAGAAAAUAUCUUCUUGGCGUGUGCAGAAAUUCAAAACAACGUCGACCGAUUACCUUAAGGUAACACCCCAACCUGAGGGUUUAGCUCUGUUAGAUCAGUUAUCCCGUGUCUUCGUUACGUUAGUUAGUGAAAUGACUGCUAACAUGCAGGGGAACGAUUUAGGACGUUUUGUUUUGCGAAGUAAUUCCCUAGACUAUCCAAUUUCGUUGCCUUUCAUGCCUAGACUGGAGUUAAAUGCCAAUCGUAUCAUGAUCGAAGUAGAGAGGGUCUUACAAUCUAAUGAAAGCGUGAACAUAGAAGAUGGUAUGAAUAUUAAUAUUCAUAUAAGUAUGCCAUUAGGGGGAAGUCCGUUAGUAAAAAGAAACAUUAGAAACCUUUUUUAAAGGAGAAGGGUGUUGUAAUUCGUAUUAUGAAUAAGGACAACUUGUGUCUAAGUAGGGCUAUUGUUACCGAUAUUGCGCGUCAGGAGAAGUCGGAGCGAUACCAUUCUAUAAGGAAAGGUUGUGCGAUUCAGGGGGUUCUUGCUAGCGAUUUGCAUCAGCGAGCUGGUGUACCGCAGAAAAUGUGCGGCCUACCUGAAGUUUCGAUGUUUCAAAGGGUAAUUGAAGAUUAUCAGAUAGUUGUUCUCUCUGCUUACCAUUUCAACGCAAUUGUGUACGAAAGCCCGAAAAGAGAUAAAAAGAUUUUUUUGUAUUACUACAAUAAUGAUUUCGCUAUCAUUACUGCGGUUAGUACGUUUUUAGCGGAGCCAGCGCGGCCGCAGGGUACCCUGUGAUGUCACUCGCCAGCCAGCCAGCCAGUCAGCCGCGCGACUCCCAGGCCCCACUCGGCCCCGAAAUG